AUAUGGCAGAAUAUUGAGUUGGAAGCCUGGGAUCCAAUCCUCCUUGUCAGUAUCCUGUCAAUGCAUGAACUCCUGAGAAGAGUGAAUCAAAAUUAGACGAUCAUGAAACAAUUCAAUGAACAAGCAAAUAAAAUAUCAUCAGGAUAGUGAGGGUAUCCAGGGUUCAUCCAGGAUUUAUAAAAUCUAAAUAGAUUGAAUUAUAACAAAAUUAUUAUGUGGGUCCUUUCAAAAGUAUAAUCAAAGUGCAAUAAGAGAAAAACAUUUAUUGGCAAUUAUGUUGUAAUUCAUUUAUAAAAGCGCAACAUUUGUCACCAUGCAGUUAGUUUCACUUUUGCAACUAGACAAGAAAGAUGUUGAUGAAUAUACUUUACUUUGCUGUGCUUCUGUUUGUACCAGUGAAUGCAGCUGCUGGUGCAGUUGGCAUUUGUGACUAUCUUGUGCAAGUAAUCCCCAAAUUCAAGGAUAAUAUGGAUAGUGGAAAAAGUCUCUGUGAGGCACAACAGAUGACCUAUGAUUUCUUUACUGACAAUUCACCAGAUGAUGUAACUAUGUGUCAGCUGCAGAUAGCUAUGAGAAUAGAGGUUACUGAAGUGCUGUUUGAUAGGAUAAAUGAGCCUGAAUGUGACAUAGAUUCAUCAGGUAUAGAGGGCCUUCUCACUCCAGAAAGUCGUACAAUGGUUGAGAAGAUAAGAGAUGCUCUUAACGGCCUAACACCCGAUGAGCAAAAGUGCGAAGAUUUCACCCCAAGACGCAUGUGGAAGAGAGUUUAUGAGCAUUUGAAGACCAGUGGCACAAGCUCAAAGAUCCCAUGUGAUAUCAUGAAAUCUGAGCCAAUAAAUGGUGAGCUGGCCUUUGUGGAUUGCCUACAGGAGAAAAAUGCAGACAAAGCAAAGGAAUUUUCAGAUAUUCUGCAAUAUUACGUGAAUGAUAUCAAAGCAAGAAAUGAAUAUUUUAAACUAUAUUCAAUGUGUGAUUAAUAUUGAGCAACCUGAGUUUACUCAACCAUAGUUUAGUAAAAUUGACAAGAAAGUAGUCAAUUCAAUGAUUUAAAAAAUUUGAAUGAAAAGAAUAAUGAAAUAUGCACAUAUAACAAUAGAUUCCUGAAAUGAUCUACAAAAUUGAACACUUAUAUUGUAAAUACUAGUUACUACCCUGAUAACUGCACCCCAUAUAUAGUUUAUUGUAAUAACAAAACUACUAAUAAAAUAGAUAUUGUUAAAUUAUUGUUAUUAUUUUUUAAUGAUAAUUUCACUAUACUGAAUAAUGAAUUUAUUGUAAUAACAAAAAUACUAGCAUUAGUAGAAAACUAAAUAAAAAUAUAUUCU